UUUGGUAAUGAGAGAAGGUGUAAGAGGCGCGCCUCUCUCAAACAUAUAACAUGAUUCUACCUUUCUCUUGGGAAAUGCGAGGGUUUUGAGCUUGGAACAAUGAUGUUAUGUGGUGUUUGACCUCUCUGGGCUUGUACGUCAGGUGUAGCAAUCUAGAGGUGGUGUUUUAGAAUUUAUAAAUGAACACAUAAACAAGAAAAAUGAGUGGCCUAACAGAAGAGCAGAGACGUCGUAUGGAAGAAAAUCGGUUAAAGGCUCUUCAGAAACGGGCAGAGCUGCAAAAGUCUCGUGGUAGUGAUUUUUCUGGUAACACAGUAUCACAAACUGUACUGAACAAAAAUUCUCAUCAUUCAGGUGAUAAAUACCAGUCAUCAGCUUGCAGUAGUGGCAUCAGUACAUCUCUAAGCAAUCAUAAGACUCAGACCUCCCUUAGCACUGAAGAGGUUCAGAGAAUAGAAGAGAACAGAAGAAAAGCUUUGGAGAAACGAGCUGCCCAAAUGAAACUCCAGCCAGCAAGCACAAUAUCAAGCUUGCAUCCUUCAAAUCAGCAGAGUUCUUACGAUAAUCCAUUUAGUAAUAAAAAUAGUGCUGAAAGUCAAAAUUCUAAAACUGAAAAAUCAGUAGCAAAUUUUUAUAGAAGUCAAACCAGUAAGACACUUAAUUUCACUGCCUAUAAAUAUGAUAGUGCAAAGAACAAGCAUGUUUAUUCCAGUUCUGGAAAAUCUACAAUGUCUUCCCAAGGGCAGAGUCUAAGUCCCACAAAGAUCAAUUCAGUACUGAACCAGCCUGGAAUGGGUGGAAGUGUACCAUCUGGAGAAAGUUCCCUAAUAGGAGCAAAGUCUGCUUUUGGAAAAACAGUAAAUGGAACAUUCAGACUUCAUUCGUUGGAGAGGUUUGUCGUGGAUGUGGGAUUCCAUACACAGAUGAUUGAGAUUUUUAAAACUAUGACCACAAAACAUUAUGAUGCUACCACUCGAAAAUGGGAUUUUGCUGUAAGUGAGCACGAUAAGUUGGUUGCAGCUCUCAGCCCUCUCAGACCAGCUGUCUGCAUUAGCCCUCUUCCAUCAUUUGUUCGUAAGACCUUGGCAUCCAUUACACAGCAAGUUCCAGCUUCAUGUGUGGACUUAUUUGGGCUUGACCCGAAACUCUUGGACGCCCUCAUGCCUUUUCAACAUGAUGGUGUGUGUUUUGGCAUAAGUCUUGGUGGUCGUGUGAUGUUUGCUGAUGAAAUGGGUCUGGGGAAAACCAUACAGGCCCUGGGAGUUGCAGUUUAUUACCGCAGAGAGUGGCCAUUGUUGGUGGUAGCUCCAUCCUCAGUUAGGUAUUCCUGGGCUAAUUCAGUGGAACAGUGGGUGGGGUCAGUGAAUAGGUCAGACAUAGUUGUAGUUGACUCUGGACGAGACACCUUUGAAGAUGCUGAAGUGAUCAUCAUGAGUUACGAUCUCUUGACACGUAAAGCACAAGAAGUUCUCAGUCAUAACUUUCAAGUUGUAAUAAUGGAUGAAUCUCAUAUGCUUAAGAGUUUUAAGGCAGCAAGAUACAAGGCUGCUGCACCCAUCAUGAAGAAAGCCAAACGUGUUUUACUCUUGAGUGGCACUCCAGCCCUUUCAAGACCCUCGGAACUCUACACACAGAUCAAUGGAAUAAACCCAACACUUUUCCCAAAUUUCCAGGAGUACGGUGUUCGCUAUUGCAAUGGGAAACAGCUUCCCUGGGGAUGGGACUUCUCAGGUUCCAGCAAUAUGGAAGAACUGCAGAUUAUCUUACAGGCAAAACUAAUGAUCCGGAGACUCAAGUCACAGGUCCUGGACCAGCUACCAGCAAAACGAAGAGUGACAGUGACCUUGGAUCCAACUUCAGUUGAAACUGGCACUAAAGCCUUGGAAGCUGCAGCUAAACAGCUUGGUCUGAAAUCCCUUAGAGGAGCAGAGAAACAUGGUGCACUUAUUCGGUUCUUUGCUGAAACAUCUCAUGCUAAACUAAAAGCUGUGAGUGAGUACAUCAAAGAGCUGCUGGAGUUAGAUAAGAAGUUCUUAGUGUUUGCUCACCACCACGUUAUGAUGGACAUGCUGUGUACCACUUGUGACAAAGUCAAAUGCAAAUACAUCCGGAUAGAUGGCAAAACUAAUGGAGAAUUGAGACAGAACCUGGUCACAAAGUUCCAAACACAAGAUGACGUCAAGGUUGCAGUUCUUUCUAUUACAGCUGCUAAUACUGGAAUUACACUUACUGCAGCUCAGUUGGUUGUCUUUGCUGAGCUAUUUUGGAAUCCUGGGGUCCUUGUACAAGCUGAGGAUCGUGCUCACAGAAUUGGACAGAAAGACUGUGUGAUGGUGCAUUAUCUGGUGGCUAAAGGAACAGCUGAUGACUUUAUAUGGCCAUUAGUUCAGUCAAAGUUGGAAGUGUUGAGUAAGGCUGGACUUACCAAGGAUAAUUUCUCCACUGCAGACUCAGCAUUCCAGAAGAUAAAUGACCAACAGAGCAUCUUGAAUUACUUCCACGAGCUAGAUGAUGAUGCAUGCUUUGAGGACAUUGCUUUAGAGGAUUCUGCUGAUGAGCCCAUGAUAAAAAAACAGAAAACAUAGCAGGCAUUGUGAUUUACUCCAAAUUAUGAAUGAAACUUGUGAAGUGCUGUUGUAAGAAAUUACCAGUGAUAUAAAUUAGAAUUGAUUGAAAAUAAGUAAUUAUGCAGUUGUGUGCUGUAUAGCCCUUGUGACUUAGCGCUUCAUUUUGAUUAUAAUAAUAAUAAUACAGUUGUGUUAAACCACUGUGUUGCUUGAUCUUAUCACCUUGGCUACCUUUGUGUAAUUUAUACAUUUUAUUCCAUUGAUCCUUGUAUGAUAAAAUAUUGAUUAAUGUAAAAGAAUUAUAGUAAUUAAGUUAAGUGCUAAACUCAAAAGGGUCAUACAACCAUAAAAGAAUGACAUAAAAACUACUAUCACGUGGUUAUAAAUGACCAUAAUUUUUAAAGGGGUGGACCAGUAAGCCAGCGGAAGGCCUAGGUCAGAUGACCAAAAGCUCCAAAGAUGGGUCAUCAUCUGACUAAGACCCGUGUCAGGAAACGUUUGUCCUGUUUCCUGACGAACCUUACCUAACCUAAUGACGUAAUAUUGUAAAUGUUAUGCAUGAUGUACAAAAUUAAUAACCUAGCUUUUUUUAAGAGUCAUCGGUGGGAGACGACCAACUUGUUGAAAAAAAAAAAAAAAUCUAAGACUUGUAACUAUUUUACAUGGUUAGGCUUUAUUAUCUUCCAGCUGAAUGACCCAACAAUGUUGGUCCAAGUUAGAAAACAAAAAAGCUCUAUUAACCACAAUUGAGUGCCUAACCAUUUUUAUAUUAAUAUUCACUAUGGAAAUUAUUUUCACUUUCAUGAAGAACACAUCAUGAAGAACAGCAUAAAAAUGUUUAUGGGAUAGAUUAUUAUAAUCAAAACUAAGCUCUAGACCCACAAGUGUCGUACAAAUAAACUAGAAAUGAUAAAUGUUUUGUUAUUUAUACCAGUAACUAUACACACUAUCAUCAACAAUAAAAAUUUAAAACUAACCUGAAUGUCAUAAAAUGAACAUUGUUUAAAUUUAUCUGUCUUUGCAGCUUGGCGCUUCUUUUUGAUUAUAAUAAUAAUAAUUUGCAGCUUGCUUUGGCUCAAUGUGUGCACUAAAUUAAAUUUAUUAAUCCUACUUCGGUUUAGCACGUUCUUUGAUUAUGAUAUUAAUCCUACUUAAUGUUUAACAGGUACAUUCUGUAAUUGCCCUUUAUAUACCAUGUCAAGUACAUAAUGUUGCUUUGUUUUCAUUUUCCCCAGCAAUCAGCUGUGUGGCAUUUUACAUAAAGGUCAGUUUAGCACUUUGAUUAUAAAAAUAAUAAUAAUUUACGUAAAGGUAACGUAUACAUUACUUGCACAAUAAAUAACAUUUAUUUUUUAUAAUACAAGUAUAUUUUUUAUUUUAUUUAUAAACGAUUAGGUAUCCCCACCUAUUCAAAAUACCUUAUUGGUUUUCAUUGUUCCCAACCUCUUUUUCCCUAUCUACUACUAUGGUUUCCAUUAGAUUGCUCUAAAAUACCUCUCCACUUAGAAAUUAUAAUAAUACAUUUUUUGUUUACAUUAGAUAGUGUACCAUUCCGGUGCCUAAUUUUAAGGGAUUGGAGCCAUUCAAUGAAUAAAGCAAAUGAGCAGAAUUACGAGGAAAAGGUGUAUUUUUUAUAUGCCGAUUUUAAAUUUUCCACCAUAACUCGACUCAAACCUUAUUAAAAUUUACACAAUAUAACUUAACUUUCCUAACCCUAGAAUCUGCAUAAUCUUAGUAAGAGGAGGUAAUGAGAAAGGGUCAAUUUUCAGGCGAACUCAUUAUACACUACACAUUUCUCAAUUCUAGUGGAUGUUGACAGAAGUCAAUACAAUUUUUUUUAGGUGGAUUAUUUAUGAGAUGACAAAAUCUUAAAAAAUAAAUAAAUAAAUUAUAUAUAAAAUAUAUAUUUAUAUAUAUAUAUAUUUUUUUUCAACAAGUCUGCCGUCUCCCACUGAGGCAGGGUGACCCAAAAAAGAAAGAAAAUCCCCAAAAAGAAAAUACUUUCAUCAUUCAACACUUUCACCACACUCACACAUUAUCACUGUUUUUGCAGAGGUGCUCAGAACACAACAGUUUAAAAGCAUAUACGUAUAAAGAUACACAACGUAUCCCGAACCCCUCCUUUCAAGUGCAUGCAUUGUACUCCCCAUUUCCAGGACUCGAGUCCGGCUAUAUAAAAAUAACCGGUUUCCCUGAAUCCCUUCACUAAAUAUUACCCUGCUCAAACUCCAACAGAUCGUCAGGUCCCAAAUACCAUUCAUCUCCAUUCACUCCUAUCAAACAUGCUUACGCAAGCCUGCUGGAAGUCCAAGCCCCUCGCCCACAAAACCUCCCUUACCCCUUCCUUCCAACCUUUUCGAGGACAACCUCUACCCCGCCUUCCUUCCCCUACAGAUUCAAACGCUCUCCAUGUCAUUCUACUUUGAUCCAUUCUCUCUAAAUGAUCAAACCACCUCAACAACCCCUCUUCAGCCCUCUAAUACUUUUAUUAACUCCAC